UGUCUCUUUCCACUCACUUUCCUUCUUCAACUUGAGUUUCUCAACUGCUAGCUAGCUAUUAUCUUUUAUUAUAUACACACAUCUAUUAUAUAUAUGCUUUUAUCUUAGUUCAUGCAUUCAUUCUAAUAUCUUAAGCCACUUCUCUUAUCUCUCUAAUAUUCAUUUGUGUGUUUUGCUUCAUACAAUUCUAAAGGAUAUAUAUAUAUAUAGAUAACUAUUUUUGGUUUUAAGCAACAAAUUUUGGAUUUAUUUGAUAAUCAUGGAUUGUUCAUCAUAUAUCAACACUUCCUUGGAUCUUAACAUUAUUCCUUAUAGAAAUCAUGAAGAAGUUCAAAAGAAGGAGGUGGAAAGCAACUUUUUCUCCUUGGGGAUGACCAAGUUUUCUGUGAAAGAUGAGUCCAUUGAUGAAUUGGAGGAGGAACUGAAAAGGGUGACUGCAGAAAACAAGAAAUUGGUGGAAAUGCUUUCAGUGGUUUGUGAGAAUUACAACACUUUGAGAAGUCAUUUGAUGGAAUAUAUGAAGAGAAAUCCUGAGAAGGAACUUAGUGCAUCAUCAAAGAAAAGAAAAUCUGAAAGCAGCAACAAUAACAAUAGUAACUUGAUCGGAAUUAACAACGGAAACUCCGAGAGUAGCUCAACCGACGAAGAAUUGUGUAAGAAACCAAGGGAGGAAGAAAAUCUUAAAGCCAAAAUUUCACGAGCUUAUGUUAGGACUGAAGCAUCUGAUACAGGCCUCAUUGUGAAGGAUGGAUAUCAUUGGAGGAAAUAUGGACAAAAAGUGACAAGAGAUAAUCCUUGUCCAAGAGCUUAUUUCAAAUGCUCUUUUGCUCCAAGUUGUCCAGUCAAAAAGAAGGUGCAAAGAAGUGUCGACGAUCAAUCUAUGCUUGUUGCUACUUAUGAAGGAGAGCACAAUCAUCCUCAACCUCCUCAAAUGGAGUCAACAUCUGGCUCUGCCCGUAGCGUUAGCCUCAAUUCGGUACCAACUUCAGCGUCACUCAGCUCAUCAGCGCCAAAAGUUGUUACACUUGACUUAACAAAUUCUAAGAGUAGUACUAAAGAUUCAAAGAUUAUUGAACCAAAAAAAGAGUCACCCAAGGUAACAAAGAAUUUGGUGGAACAAAUGGCUACUUCUUUGACAACUGAUCCUAAUUUUAGAGCAGCACUUGUUGCAGCCAUAUCAGGAAGAUUAGUGCAUAAUAAUUAAGAGAAUUUUUUAGCUAACUUAGUUUCAACUAUUAAAGUAUAUUCCAUAUAAUGGAUCAAUUUUUUUUAGAGCAUAGAAUCUCUAUGUAAAUACAACAUAGAAGAUUGAGAUAUAUAUUUAUCAAUUUGAUCAUUUAUGUGGAAAUAAAGUUCCACUGAGGAUGAUAGCUGUUGCAAAAAUUCUAUGCAUGAAAAAUGAAAUUUUCAUUUCUCAAUAUGUAGUACAUAGUUUCAUGUUA